AUUUAUGCUAUCCUUGCACCCAAAUCCUAAACACGCUUUCUCUCUCUCUCUCUCUCUCUCUCAUCUAGGUUUUUUUUUUUUUGAGGUUUAAUCGCUACAUCGCAAGGUUUCUGGUGAGGAUAAGGUGACGAUAUAUUUUUUUUCGGGGAAAAUGAGGCCUGUUUUUGUGGGGAAUUUCGAGUUCGAGACUCGGCAGUCAGAACUGGAGCGUUUGUUUUCCAAGUAUGGGAGGAUCGACCGAGUUGAUAUGAAAUCUGGGUUUGCUUUUGUUUAUUUUGAGGAUGAACGUGAUGCUGAAGAUGCUAUUCGUGGACUUGAUAAUAGUGCUUUUGGAUAUGAUCGGCGGCGACUGUCCGUGGAGUGGGCAAAGGGAGAACGUGGUAGGCAUCGUGAUGGAUCUAGAUCAACAACAAAUCAAAGGCCCACCAAAACCUUGUUUGUUAUCAACUUUGACCCGAUUCGCACCAGGGAAAGAGAUAUACUGAAGCAUUUUGAGCCAUAUGGGAAGGUUCUUAAUGUUCGCAUUAGGCGGAACUUUGCAUUUGUGCAAUUUGCCACACAAGAGGAUGCAAGCAAAGCCCUUGAGGCUACACAAAGAAGCAAGUUACUGGAUCGAGUUGUGUCAGUUGAAUAUGCUUUAAGGGAUGAUGAUGAGAGGGAUGGUAGAUACGAUAGUCCCAGAAGAGGAGGUAAUGGCAGACAUGGGGAUAGUCCAUAUCGGAGGUCUCCAAGCCCUGCAUAUAGAAGGCGACCAAGUCCUGAUUAUGGUAGGGCUCGGAGUCCUGUUUAUGAUCGCUAUAACGGUCCUGCUUAUGACAGGCACAAGAGUCCCGAGUAUGGGAGAUAUCGCAGCAGCCGAUCCCCAGUUCGAAGGUCCCGGACAUGAAUGGCGGUCGGAAUGAUGGAGAAGAAUAUGUUGAAAACAUGCACUUAUUAGAGUUUGCAGUUUGAGUAGAAGAAUGAGUAGCAUUUUUCUUGAUUGAACUCUUUUAUAAGUUGGAGAGAUUUGUUAGGUCAAAAGUACAAUUGGAUACGGUGGUUGUAAUUUUCAGUCUGAAUUGGGAAUCAUGGGCUUAUGAUGAUAUCUUGGUAUGCACUCUAGAAUCUUUUAUUCCUGUUAAUAUAUAGAAUAUUCCCAUGGUUGAAGCUCAA